CACGGAAUUGGCGUUGCUCCUUUCUCCUUUCCCUUCAAUAUCUGCCUCAUCAUGCGGAACCAAACCACCUCCUAUACCAUUUAAUAUGAGCACAAUCUAGGAGUCAAUUGAACACCUUGUCGAGUUCCUUGUAUUGUUUUCCGAUGAAACGAUGUGUAUUAUUUAUUUUAUUGAAUAUUUGGCUUUUUUAUGAUUUUGCCUCUCUUUCUAUCUUGGAACCUCCCAUAAAUCCGAACGGAACCGUAUGGGCAUUGCUUGUAGCUGGUUCCUACGGAUGGGAUAAUUACAGGCAUCAGGCGGACAUCUGCCAUGCCUACCAAAUUUUGAGUAGUAGCGGAAUUCCUGAUGAUAACAUCAUCGUUAUGAUGUAUGAUGACAUAGCUUUCCAUAAAAAAAACCCUACACCGGGUAUCAUUGUAAAUUAUCCAGGUGGAAAAGAUGUCUAUAAGGGUGUGCCAAAGGAUUAUACUGGAAAAGAAGUGAAAUCUAAAAAUUUCUUUGCUGUUUUAACUGGCCGAAAAUCUGAAGUUAAUAACAUUGGAAGUGGCAAAGUUAUUGAAAGUGGACCAGAUGACGUUGUGUUUGUCAACUUUGUAGGCCACGGGGGUCUAGGAGUUCUUGGCUUGCCUCAAGAUGAUAUAUUUGUAGAUGAUUUGGUUAAAUCCAUUGAUUCCAUGAAAGCUGAAUCAAAAUAUUCAAAAUUGAUAAUAUACGUCGAAUCUAGUCUGACAGGUUCCAUAUUCAGCGCUCUAUUUCUAGGCACGAAAAAUGUUAUUGCACUGACUGCGACCAACCCACUAGGGAAAAGCCAGGCUGCCUUUUUUGAUGAAGAAAGAAGAACAUAUUUAACCAAUGUCUUUAGUUUAUCAUGGAUGAAUGAAAUAGAAUCUGAAAGUUUGUCUGCCAUAAAUCGAAGUCUACAGAAUGAAAACCCUCUUGCUUUUUCAAGUCAAGUUGAAGGACAUAGUGAUUUUGACAUCGGUGAAACAAAAUUAAAAGAUAUUUUAGCAUACAGAAAGAAAUUGAUUAAAGAAAAGAAGGACUUAAACUUAUCUUCUGUCGGUAUAAACACAUAUCGCCAAAUUAUGGAUAAAGCAGAUAAUAUGGAUGUAUCUCAUGUUAUCCUUCAAAACCAGUUAUUUGUUACCGAAGAUGCAGAGGAGCGUAGUAUCCUGAAAUUAAAAAUAAAAGAAUUACUGAAUAAACGUAAACUUGUUGACCAAACAUUUGAUAAGUUAAUUGAUAUAACAACAGAUGAAUUAUUGGACAGAAAGAAUGAAUUGAAAAAAUCAAAAUAUUUUUUAUCUCAAAAUAACUCCUUAUGUUAUAAAACAUUAUACACUGCUUUUUCAAAUAGAUACAUUAGCUUUCACCAGAAUCCAUAUGCUCGUGUACAUUUGCAGAAACUUGUAAAUAUGUGCAGUGUCGAUUGGUUGAAAACUGAAGAAGUGUUACAGAUUCUACUGUUUUCAUGGUCUACAUGGCGUGCAUCUCAUUCACGAAUUUAUCACCAACGUAAACCUAGAUUUGUGACAAGUUUUCCUCCAGACAUAAAGCCAAUGUCGGAUGAAGAUAAUAAAAGAUAUAACUGGAAGGAUGGUAUAAUUCCAACUCAGUGUAAUACCGGAAAACCCACAGAUCCUGUGCCGACUACUACCUGUUGUCCAUCGACAAUUGAAAGUGUACCUCUAAGUUGUGAACAAUCUAAAAAUAGCACUAACUGUUGCUCUUGUUGCUGUUGUUGUUGUUGUUGUUGUCGGUGUUGUACAACCUCUCCAGACAUUACAACCAGUACUGAAAGUAUGUCAAAUCCAACUCUUACAAGUACUCCGACCAGUACUGAAAAUAUAUUUACUCCACCUCUUACAGUCAUUUCAACCACUCCAACCAGUACUGAGAGUACAUCAACUACACUUCCUACAACCAUUCCAACCAGCACUGAGAGUACAUCAACUACACUUCCUACAACCAUUCCAACCAGUACUGAGAGUACAUCAACUACAGUUCCUACAACCAUUUCAACCUGUACUGAGAGUACAUCAACUACAGUUCUUACAACCAUUCCAGUCACUCCUGGAAGUAUAUUAACACCACCUGGUACAAUCAAUCCUACCACUCCAACCAGUACUGAGAGUACAUCAACUACACUUCCUACAACCAUUCCAACCAGCACUGAGAGUACAUCAACUACACUUCCUACAACCAUUCCAACCAGUACUGAGAGUACAUCAACUACAGUUCCUACAACCAUUUCAACCUGUACUGAGAGUACAUCAACUACACUUCCUACAAUCAUUACAACCUGUACUGAGAGUACAUCAACUACACUUCCUACAAUCAUUACAACCUGUACUGAGAGUACAUCAACUACACUUCCUACAACCAUUUCAACCUGCUAUACUGAGAGUACAUCAACUACAGUUCCUACAAUCAUUACAACCUGUACUGAGAGUACAUCAACUACACUUCCUACAACCAUUUCAACCUGCUAUACUGAGAGUACAUCAACUACAGUUCCUACAAUCAUUACAACCUGUACUGAGAGUACAUCAACUACACUUCCUACAACCAUUUCAACCUGCUAUACUGAGAGUAUAUCAACUACAGUUCCUACAAUCAUUACAACCUGUACUGAGAGUACAUCAACUACAGUUCCUACAACCAUUCCAACCUGUACUGAGAGAACAUUAACUACAGUUCCUACAAUCAUUACAACCUGUACUGAGAGUACAUCAACUACAGUUCCUACAAUCAUUACAACCUGUACUGAGAGUACAUCAACUACAGUUCCUACAACCAUUCCAACCUGUACUGAGAGUACAUCAACUACAGUUCCUACAACCAUUCCAACCUGUACUGAGAGUACAUCAACUAGUAGAGUCCCCACAACUAUUUCAACCAGUACUACUCCUGGUAUUGAUUGUACUAUUUGUGGCAAGAUUUAUUAUUAUCCUUGUGAAUCAAUGGAGAAGUUCCCCCAUAAAAACAUUACUGUCAAUGUUCCUACAGACAAUCCAGAAAAAGGCAAUUGGACUGUUAAUUGUCAAUUCGAAACCUUGCACCUAGAAUGUGGUUAUGGAGAGGUAAUAAAUAUCUAUGAAGCGAAAUGGGGCAGAUUUGACAACACCACCUGCAAAUCUUACCCGGAGUUUACUGGAAAUUGUUCCGCAAAUGACACUCUUUUUAGAAUAAGAGAAAGAUGCCACGGUAAAAGUAAAUGUAGUAUAUACCUUGACGACAACACCCUACUAAACCCUUGCCAACAAUAUGAAAAAUAUUUACAACUGAGAUGGGGUUGUGCAGGAGUUAAUACAAAACUUAUAAUGACGUGUUUGAUUUGCGAAGGUCACAUCCAUAGAAUUAGGUGUCCUGUAAAAACACUCAUUUUUAUAACAGCUGUAUUUUGGGGCAGAACCACGUGGCCUAUGUGUGGCCUCCAAGGUUCAGGAGGCAAUUGUUCAUCGGAUAUAGCUUUAGAUAUAAUUAGCGGAGAAUGCGACUAUAAAUCCGUAUGUUUCAUAAAGCCUGAUAUCAGACAUUUGGGUGAUCCUUGCCCUGGAAUGGGGAAAUAUUUAAAAUUGGACUACAUGUGUAUAAGAGUUAACAGUAAGAAGGUGUGCGAAGAUGAAUGGUUAUUAAUAGACUGUGGUGAGAAAACAAUUUUUAUUACUCAGGCACAAUAUGGCAGGUCACAUCCGUAUGUCUGCAAUGAAAACACUGGAUAUGCACCUUCGCCUAUACAGAGCCAUGAAUGCGCUAGUCGCGACAUCAUGCCUAUAGUUCAAGAAAAGUGUAAUGGCAGAAAGACAUGUAGUAUCUUCAUUUCAAAAGAUGAAUUCGGAACUCUUUGUGGAUAUUACAGGAAUUAUAUUUUUGUAAACUAUAUCUGUAGACAUCCUGGUGAUACUAAUGUACCGGAUUUCGUACAUUCAGAUACAGUGUGGGUUCAAAUGUCACCAGGACCGCCCACCGUAGUCAAUUUAACAGUAAACAGUGCGAAAAUCAAGGUUAAUGGGAUUAAUCCAAGUCACAAUCACAUGUACAUUCUACAAAUGAAGAUGGAGAAUGAAGAGGCAUGGCAUGAAUUAUUCGUUGGCAAGAUCAUUGACUUCAGUAAAAUCCUAGAUAUAGAAGGCCUAGAACCAUGCAAAACUUAUUAUAUCAGGGUCAUUUUGAAGAAUUGUACAACUUGUAACAAGUAUUGUAUUCCCUACACAAAAUUUACAACACAACACCCAAGUUGUUUAAAACCUACUUUGAAAAUUAAAUAAAUAAAAAAGUAUUUUUUUUUAUUAUAUAUAUAUAUUGAUA